UGUUUCUCAGGUAGAGCAUGGCUAAAAGCUUACGGAGUAAGUGGAAACUGAAGAUACAGGCAGAGAAGAGAAAGAAGAAUGCCCCACGGGAGCUCAGAAGACUUAAAAGUAUUCUCAGAGUUGACGGUGAUGCUCUGAUGAAAGAUGUCGAAGACAUAGCAACCGUGGUGGUCCCCAAACAGUGCCAGGAGAAAACGCAGUGUGCAGUGGACGACGAAAAGGAUGACACAAAAAUGGAGACUGAGCUGAAGAGAAACAAGAAGACCCUUCUAGACCAGCAUGGACAGUACCCAGUGUGGAUUAACCAGAGGCAGAGGAAAAGACUGAGGGCGAAGAGAGAGAAAAAACAGGGGAAAAGCAGACCCAAGGCAGCGAAGGGCCUGGCCUGGUAGACCCCCGAGAACUGG